GAUCUUGUUUAUUUUUUAUCUUGUAAUGUUGCCAUACUGUACAACGAUGAGCAAAGCUACCUGUUUCCCAAUGCCAUUGUCUGCUGAUCCAUAAAAGAGUAGCAAUAGUUAUUCUAAUUUUUUCAUAAAGCACUUUGUAGCCUGUAUGUGCAAAGCACUAUGUAUGUGCAGUGCACCAAAGUUUCUACUUGCAGGAUGGUCCUGACAUCAAGAGAAUACACCUGUAUGUCUCAUGUCUGCAGAAGGCAAUGGGAAUUACUGAAAACAAAUAGCGUAAAUAAUGUUCUUGUAUAACCACUUACCCGUGUGUCUGUCUAGAGACAUGAAAGGAGAGGUGGCUCUUAUGAACCUGCUGUGAUACCUUGAUUCCAGGAACUGUUGAAAAAAUAACUGAGGAAGGGAAAAUGCUGCAAAAUACAGCUGUGUGUAAGACAAACAUCAUGCUGUAUGAAUCUGAGAUGCUGCUUUUAGCAGCAGGUCUGUAUUAGUGGAGCAAUAAACCUCUGUUCCAGUUGGACUGAAUAGGCGAAGGUUUUUAAGAGAAGAUACAGAGCUCUCAGUGGAACUUGGUGUAGAUAAUGGGGUUCUUUCCUAAACAGAAAUGACAGUUGAUCAUAUGAUUUUUUACUAAAUAGAACAUUUAUUCAGUUAAAUGACUUCUCAGUAAGUUACACAUAAAUACAGGUGUGCAUAAAAACUUACCAAGGAAUUUCUCCCUCAACCUACCUAGAAAGGGAAGAGAAUGAUAUUGUUGGAUUUACAUUUCAACAUCUGAUCAGUGUUCAGAGGGUACACAAGCAAGGUUAGUCACCUACUCCAGAGAGAAUCAGAACAAUGUCCUACGUUUUUGUAAACGACUCUUCCCAGACAAAUGUGCCAUUGCUGCAGGCUUGCAUUGAUGGAGAUUUUAACUAUUCCAAACGACUGUUAGAGAGCGGUUUCGACCCAAAUAUUCGUGACAGCCGAGGCCGAACUGGCCUUCACCUUGCUGCAGCCAGAGGAAAUGUAGACAUCUGUCAACUCUUGCAUAAGUUUGGUGCUGAUUUACUAGCCACUGAUUACCAAGGUAACACAGCCCUUCAUCUGUGUGGGCAUGUGGAUACCAUCCAGUUCCUAGUUUCUAAUGGACUUAAAAUUGAUAUUUGCAAUCACCAAGGUGCAACACCGCUUGUUCUUGCAAAACGAAGGGGUGUGAAUAAAGAUGUGAUUAGACUUCUGGAAUCUUUAGAGGAGCAAGAGGUGAAAGGAUUUAACAGAGGAGCUCACUCAAAGCUGGAAACGAUGCAAACUGCUGAAAGUGAAAGUGCGAUGGAAAGCCAUUCCCUCCUUAAUCCAAACCUACAGCAAGGUGAAGGAGUUCUUUCCAGUUUCCGCACGACAUGGCAAGAGUUUGUGGAAGACCUGGGCUUCUGGAGGGUGCUGCUCCUGAUCAUUGUCAUUGCUCUUCUGUCUCUUGGAAUAGCGUACUAUGUUAGUGGGGUGCUUCCUUUUGUAGAAAACCAGCCUGAACUGGUGCACUGAAGCAAAUGCAAAGAAGUGCACCGUGCUUUUCCCUGUUCUAAUCUUAUUUUGAGCUUCUUGGAAUUAUUCUCUUGGUGCAGGCAGUGGCAGCUGUAUAUACUGUUUGCCUUUUGUACUUAUUAUUAACCCGUUUGAAAGAGGGAUUAAUUCAUUUCAAGUAAAACACUAAAUUCUAAAGCAUUCCUAAGCUACCUCUGACUGAUCUUGACUUGCAAGCAAGAUGUGAAGAUAAUCCUCUUUGUUGAUAAAAUAUUAUGAUUAGAAAAGGCCUUUCAUAAUGAAUAUUAAAUUCCUGGGCGUGAAAAAUAUAUCCUAGUACAGAACCAAAUUUGAUUUAUUUUCCCUAUGAAGAGAGGUAAAUCUACUGUUGGAUUUUUUUGUGUGUGCUUCAGUUGAAAGAAAAAUGUUCUUUUAAAAGUCCUCCUCAAGAAAUCUGAAUAAUAUAAUAAUGCGUUCUGAUGUAUAGACAGUAAUAAGCUACAACUUCAUAGUUCUUUUAAUGCCUUCCCAUAGUUUCAUAUCUCCUAGUUUAUAAAAAGAAUGAGAAAUAGUUCAAGUUUUACUAUGUCUUUAAUGUAUAGAUCACUCCUUUAUUUAUUAGGUUAACGUAGUGUUUCUUCCCCAGAUGAAUUCAAUGUUGUUAAUACCUGCCUGAAGUAAAUUUUGUAGAACAAAGCUAUUUGUUGUGCUUUGGAAGUAAAGUUGUUUCAGCCUUAGGCUGAAAAUUUUGCCUUUUUGUUGAAAUGUUACUAAGCAAACCUUUCUUUCUAAGGGUGGUUAAAAAGUGAUUUAGGUGUUCUGCUCUGUAUAUAAUAAUUCUGUAAGGUCAUUGUCUUUGUGAAAUAUGUCAUGAAAGGUAACUUUUUCUUCCUCCCACAAGGGCCAGACUGAACCAUAUAAUUGUAUUGUUUUCAUGUUUGUGGAGAGGACUUGAUUGAAUAGAAUUGCUUUCUAGAAUUGUUUUCCAUUUCAGUUGUUUUUGGACAGCACUCUCAGGCUUAUGAAUUAUUUUCUGAGUAUGCUGAAUAAAAGUAUUUAAAUGUUAAUAUUUAGGAACAUUGUAUGAAAUGAAAUCUUGACCCAUUCUGUACUUAGCUGUGAAAUCCUUUGUAAAUAACCUAGGGAUGUGAAUCAGUUAGAUACUCUUUUAUGAAGGCUAGAAAGGUACUACAUAGUAAGUUGGAGGUUUUCAAAGAAAGCAGAUUCUCUCCUCCCAUGCUGAUUAGACAUCUAACUCUCUUUGUUACCAUUGCCUUGAAAAUCCCAAACAAAAGGAAUUCUGCAAACCUAAUGAAUCAAUUUUUUUUUUACUUAGCCACUCCUAAAUUGUUGCUAAAUAACAUCAACAUUUCUAAAAUUAAAAAUUACAAUAAGUAUUGAUAAAAGUAACCUACAUCUCUCUGUUCUGCUACCAUGUGUAUUUUUCUUUCUUGUUUAUGAGUUUGAGUGAAGAGGGUUGUUGUCUUUGUUUUGAUGUGUGACAUGGGCUUCGCUGAACUGGGCCCCAUUCUAAUUGCAUCUGAAUAAUUCUUGAUCUCAUUUCUUAAGUUAGAGGUUAAUGAAACAAUACUUUUCUAGCGGCCGCAAUGCCACAGAAAGGAAAGUCUCUUUAAAAAAAAAACAAAAACAAAAAAAACCCCAAACCAGCAUACUCCUCUUCUGAAUAUUUCAAUUAUUGUACAUCUGUUCAUGAACAGAGAAAUAUAAACUCAUAGUAUACCUGAAUUACAUUUACUUCUCUAAAUAAGUACAUUUCUGUUAAUAAUACUCUGUAUCUUGAAUAAUCACGUUGUCUUUCAAUAUGUAUUAUCUGCAUAAUUUGUAACUAUUCUCAGUAUGGGUGAAUGCCACAAAUAAAUAUAUGUAGUAAA